AUCUCUCUCUUGUCACCAAAGCAUACCAGGCGUAGAUGGCAGCGCGUGCAUUCGCUCUUAUCAUUGGCAUUGACGACUAUAAAUCAGGAUCGAUAUGGAAUUUGCAAUCCUGUUGUGACGAUGCCAUACGUGUAAAACAGUGGCUCAUUCAAGAACUUCUCGUCCCCAAGCCCCAUAUUUCAACGCUACUCAACAAUGAUGCGACCAAGCGGCGUAUCGAAGACGUUUUCAUGGCUCACUUCGUGAACAAUCCAGACAUACAACGUGGAGAUGCGAUGAUAAUCUAUUUUGCCGGCCAUGGAAGUUCAGUACCGCGUCCCCGGGACUGGGGUGAAGGUAAAUUUGCUAGCGUUCAAGUCUUGUGUCCCUAUGACCAUGACACGCGGGGUCCGGAAGGCAGAGUUGCUGGCAUCUCUGAUCGUUCCCUGAACGCUAUGCUUGCCGAACUUUGCAAAGUUAAGGGUGAUAACAUUACGCUCAUCCUUGACUGU